AUGUCGUCGUGCGCUGCACUGGCGUUUGACCCAGUCGUGACUAUGCCUGUGGGUGGCGUGCAACUCGUGGCCUAUCUGGCGCUUUUCGUCUGGCACUUACGUGCACAGCGCAAGGCUCGCCAGGGCGAUGAGCGUGCUGGUCAAGUCAUCAUCACCAAGGCCUACAUGUACAUCAUUUAUGGCUUUGGCAUCUCGCUGCUUUUGUUCCUCCUGGGCAGCGUCUUUUUUCAUUCCAAACCCUUUGCCUCGGACGUCGGUGACUUGGCCGGGGUCUAUUGGGGCUUCUCCGGCUUUGUCUAUCACUUUGUGCUCGAAGGCAUCGUCGUUCUUCUCUGCUUCAAGGGCAUCGGCCGCGAUGCCUUUCAACAGGCCUGUCUCGUCACCUUUGUGCUGGCCAUCCUCGUCGGGGCCGCUCAAGGCCUCACCUACAUUAUCCAGUCGCGCUACCCAAGCCACGACUAUGGCCUGUACAUUCAAAUUGGCUACGAAUCCGUCCUCUUUGUCUUUUAUCUCUUUGUUGUGCUUGCCCCGCGAAAGUGGCUCUAUCGCCGCCCCGCCGCCAUCUUCUACGCCUGCUGCUGGACCGCCUAUCGGCCGGGCUACAUGGUUCUUUUCAUCCUCAUGUACAAGGGCUAUGACGGUGCCUACUGUGGAUACAUGAUCUUCACCUGGCUCAUGUUUGGCGUCGCCAAACCCUUGAUCAUUUACUACACCCUCUACCUUGACUCCCUCUAUUGGCAAGGCCUCUACGUGGGCAUCUUCGCCCUUCGGUCCCGCUCAAGCUCAAGCUCAAUCGACGACUCCCUCGAGGGUGCGGACGUACGCAAGCCUCUUCUAGGGGUCUCUUUUGAUCAAUCGGCAGCCGCCGCCCUGGCCGAACAAAUGGGUGUCAUCAGUCAGGAGGACCGCAUGUCUGCCAACCUUGGCUAUUUCAUCCUGGGUGCUGGAGGCACAGCCCGCGUCUUUCGGGGCAUCUUUGAGGACAAGCGCGUGGCGAUCAAGAUGCUCUUUUGCCCAACCCUCAUCCCCGAAACCAUUGACAACUUUCGCCGUGAAAACGCCCUCCUGUGUUCCAUCCGACAUCCCAAUAUUAUUCAAGUCGAGGGCCUAUGUGUUGAACCACCAGCCAUUUGUUCUGUCAUGGAAUAUUGCCCAGGUAGAAAAGCCCGCAUCUUCUCUCACACCGAAUCACUCGUGGUCUUGCCAAGCAUUUGUGUGCGCCAACUAGUAGCUGACAGCCAUCUCACUGGCUACGUGAUUGCAGGCGAUUUGUUUGGCCUUUUGCGCUUGCCGAGCACCCGCACUAUCGAUUGGUCCACGCGCUUGGCCAUUGCGUGUGACUGCGCCCGAGCUGUCACCUGCUUACACGAACUAGGGCUCGAGACUUUUGUGGAACACUUUUACGCUGCGGCAGUGCGAGGCUCCUCAUCAAGCCGCAGCCACCCAGGCCUGUUGCAGCUGGCCGCAGAUGACCUCGAGCGCAUCGUCCCCUUCCGUCGGCGCCAUCUGCCCAAUGACCUAUCAGCCUUUGAUCGAUUGCAAAGCGCGAUUGCCGACAUUCAACGAAUCUCUGCUCUGCACGAUUCGCAGCAGGCCGUGAUCAAGCUGACCGAUCUCGAGCUCAGUGACGAUCUGAAUGCUCUGCCUGCUUCCGAUGCGGCAGAGGACAAGAGCACUGACGUGGAGGAGGAGGAUAAUACCAAGCAAACAGUGGUCCCAAAUACGGUCAACUGGACUGCUCCAGAAGCCAUUCUAUAUGGCCGUCGCACCCGCGCUGCUGAUGUGUACAGCCUUGGCAUGGUGCUGUGGGAAAUUCUGUCUGGCCAGGUUCCUUUUUAUGAGCACCCUCAACAUCAAGUGUACAAGCUCGUCACGGAGGACGAGACACGGCCCGUGGUGCCAGCAGAUGCCGAUGCCGAUUAUGCCGCGCUGAUGCAGGACAUGUGGCAUCAG